AUGGUUGUUUGUAAAUUUUUUCAAGCUGGAUACUGUAAAUUCGGAAAGAACUGUAGAUUUGAACACGUCUAUGGAUCCAAAUACUCUUACCACGCAAAUCCACAAACUCAACCAGUACAGCAGGCUCCUGUGCAAACACUUCCUGGAGGCAUUACUGAUGAACAGCUGGUAAAACAAGUGCAGGCUGAUGUUCAGGCCGUACUUAAAGGUGGCCAGUGGAUCCUUUCAUGCUACUCCCCCAUCAAAGAAAAACCUAUAUUUCCAGGAAUUCAUGACUUGUCACCAGAAGAAGUCAGACUUUUCAUUUAUGAGGGAAAAAACACAAAUAAUGUAGAGCAAGCAGUAGCAUACAUCAACAAUGUGGUUAAAGAGACGAGACAGAAAUAUGAACAACUGCUGCAACCAAAUAUGAAUAUUAUCAAAGUACUGAGAAGCCUCUACAAAGGAGAACAAGUUUCUUCACCCUUCACUAGUCAGCCAGAGAAUGUGUUCAGCUCUUCCAACAGUGCUGCAGCUUCCAUAUUCCAUAGUGCCGUUCAGUCAGGUCCAGUGAUUAACCAAAAUGUGAAUAAUGCUCAGUCAAUAUUCAGUCAAGCUCAAACUAGCAUAUUUAAUCAACAAGCUCAAGAUCCUGCAAAACAAUUGUUUGCUCAAGCUACUCAACAUUCUUUUGGUCCAAGUCAACCUGUAAGUAACAUAUUUGCACCACAGAAUCAAAAUGCUGAUCCAAAAUCAAUCUUUGGUGUAGCUGCUCAAAAUAUAAAUCAAACAACUGCAAACCCAUCAAACAUAUUUGGUGCUGCAAACCAAAGUAUAUUUGGUAGAGCUCCAACUGACAAUUCCUCUCCUUUCAACCAAGGGAACGUUUUUCAACCGGCUCAGAAUCCUGCUUCUAUAUUUGGGCAAGUCCAGAAUAAGUCGGUAGCUGGUGGUGAUCCCAAUCUGUACAGCAAGAUGGAAGAUGUGGAUGAAGUAGAUCUGGAGGCAUUUAAGAGUGAUAAUUUUCAAUUAGGUUUUAUUCCGGAAUUACCUCCACCUUACGAGCUAUGUACUAGACAGUCAAGGCCUCAGUUAUUUAGUUAG